CUUUCCAAGACAGAGUAGCAUGGAAGACCCUCUUGGUUCCAUAUUCAGUUAUGAAGAAAGUCCUGAUCAAUUGAGGCAAAAGCUUAUAGACACAAUGGUUGAACUAGAAGAAGCAAGGAAUGUGAAGAAUGAAUUGCUCAACAUGAUUGAAAUAGCUAAUAAAGAAAGAGACCAAGCUAGAGAACAACUUCAAAAUCUAAAGAAAAAAUUUGUCCCUUCUAACAACACAAACAUGUUUUUUGACAACAACAUUAACAACAACCUUGUAAUGUUUCAUUCGACCAAAGCAAAUUCAAGCAUAACAGAAUCCAACAGUCCUUCACACGUGUCAUCUCCAAUUGAAGCUGUUUCAUCACCUGAGUUUUCAAAUGUUGGUGUUGAUUCACAUAACAACAUGAGUUUUUUCAAAGGGUCAAUUAGUAACAAGUUUGAUCCAGUUAAUGAUAUUGGAAAUGCUGUUAUUGAUUCUCUUGUUAGUGGAAAAGUGUUACCACAAAAGGGUAAACUUCUUGAUGCUGUUAUGAAUGCUGGUCCUUUAAUUCAGAAUCUUGUUCUUUCUGGUCCACUUCCUAAUUGGAAAAAUCCACCUCCUUUGGAUUCAAUGCAAAUUCCACCUUUUGAUAUUAAAGAAAUUGAUGAGCUCAACUUGUUUCGGAAUUCAACACUUCCAUCUUCUCACUCUUUUGGAUCAAUGCCAAUUAUCAAUGUUGAUGGUGUCACACCUAGCUCUUGCAACAACAAUACUUGGAAGUCUACUUCAAAUUCUAGCUUCAAGAAACAAAAGCAUCAAUAUUUUUUAUGAAUUCCCAUUCCCAUUCGUCGCCCUUUUUUUAGCGGAUACUUUAGAUUGAAAGUGUGUCCAGAGUUUUUGACACUAAGACGACAUUGAUUACUUAUGUUCUUCAAAUUACUACCAUAAUAUAUGUGUCAGUGUCAAUAUCGUAUUUGAUGUUGUGUCGAUACUUUUGUAGGUAACACAACACAACCAUUGGUGUAAAUGGCAUUAAAACCUUUUUGGUUUACUUUUA